GUGUGACACUCGCUGACUUGGCACUGGUGCUGUUGUUUGGGACAGAAAGCUCACAGUGUGAGGGCUUUAUCGUGUUUAACGUUGAGCGCUUGCUUGGAAUUACAGAAAUAUACUAAUAUUGUUAAAUUCCACAGAAAGUGUUAAGCUAAAGAGCAGCUCUGAGGAGCAUGAACAAAAUGUAUGGAAUAUGUCUGACAGCAGGACUCAAGGCGUCCAGGCUGCUUCGCAGAGGCUUCAGAGUCAGCGCUGUACAUCAGCAGCAGCCUUUUGACUCCACAGCGGAAAAGCCUCAGUUCCCUGGAGCAUCGGCUGAAUUUGUGGAUAACCUUGAGUUCAUUCAGCCCAAUGUCAUCUCUGGUAUCCCAGUGUAUCGGGUGAUGGACAGGCAGGGCAACAUCGUCAACCCGUCUCAAGACCCUCAGCUUUCCAAAGAAACUGUUUUAAACUUUUACCAGAAGAUGACAAUCCUGAAUACAAUGGAUCGCAUUCUAUAUGAAUCUCAGAGACAAGGUCGAAUCUCUUUCUACAUGACUAAUUAUGGUGAGGAAGGGACACAUAUUGGCAGUGCUUCUGCUCUUGACCCCAACGAUUUAGUCUUCGGCCAAUAUAGAGAAGCUGGAGUGUUGAUGCUUCGAGGUUUUCCUCUGGAUUGUUCAAUGGCUCAGUGCUACGGCAAUGCAGAUGACCUUGGCAAAGGCCGGCAGAUGCUGCACUAUGGCAGCAAAGAGCUGAACUUUGUCACCAUCUCCUCUACUCUAGCCACGCAGAUUCCUCAAGCUGCUGGUGCUGCAUAUGCAGUAAAGAGAGAAAACAUCAACCGCAUUGUUAUCUGUUAUUUUGGAGAGGGAGCAGCCAGUGAAGGGGACACACAUGCCGGUUUCAACUCCGCCACUCUUGAAUGUCCAAUAAUAUUCUUCUGCCGCAACAAUGGCUAUGCCAUCUCUACACCCACUAAUGAGCAGUACCGAGGUGAUGGCAUUGCUGCCCGUGGUCCAGGUUAUGGCAUGUUGUCAAUCCGUGAUGGCAAUGAUGUGUUUGCUGUGUACAAUGCUACAAAAGAAGCUCGCCGCAGAGCUGUGGCAGAGAAUCAGCCUGUCCUCAUCGAGGCCAUGACCUACAGGUGUGUACUCGUUGAUUUGUGA